ACGCCUCUCAUACCUGUUGGUUACCUCGCACGGCACGCGGCUCUCGCUCUCCGCUCCUGGGCCCCGCCUGUCGGCCUCCCUGGCUAUCGGGAAUCCCUGCCUCGGGGCCCCUAGCUAUCGGGAAGCCUUCGGUCCGGGUCCUCAAGUUAGCGUGGACUCGACCCUCCCGGCCGGCAGGGGUACCAAGCUCUCGAGAUCCCUGACCUUAGCUCUCUACCCCUCCCCGUGACGAUCCGUCGGGAACCAAUCAGGUGUCUCCCUCUAUCCCCCCUUCCCCCUGCGGUCUGGGUCAGUGAGUGGCGAGGCAAUACGAAACGUGAUGAAACACUGCAAAUAAUACGAUAAAUCACAAGAAAAUCAAAGACAUAAAUAACCUUACAUGCCUGAUGUGUCUUAAUUGAAUAAAACACAUUAAUAUAUAAGGAAAAUUAGAACUAUAUAUAUCUAUAUAUUUGUAAUACAUAAGAUAUGUAUAUUUUUCUUGCGAGAAUAAAUGAACUUUCACUUAAAAAAUAUAUAUAAUCUAUUUUAAAAAACAAUCUGAGAGAAACGUGUGGACCAAUAAACUAAGUAAACACAGACACUUAAAUAAAGAGAGAUAAAAAACAAAACUAAACAAGGAAAAAAAAAGCUUCAUACGUGCUCCGAACAAGACGACGAAGCUUAAACCCGCGUAAAUAAACAACUGAAAACACGAAAAAGCAUAAAAAGCAAACAAACCAGUAAUAACAACAAUCGUAAACAACCGCAAACAAAACACGAGUGAAGGAAGGAUGAAAAACCACGACCGUGAACACGUGGACGGAGCAACGCCGCGGUAAUCUCGUGACGCGGCGUUGACGGAGGUAGUGACGCAAUCGGUGACGGCGGGAGAAGAGGAAUGAGUCACAUGAACGGCGGAGUUCGAGGGGGGGACGCCGGCGGCAUGAGGGCUGAGGGGGAAAUGGACGCCGUGCUGCUGGGACGGACACGGACGCUCAAGGAGUUGGUUGCCUCAACGCCGAACCAACGCAACUGGCGGGGCAUCCUAAUAGCCCUGCUGGUGAUUGGGUGUGUGUGCGGCCUCAUUAUCUUCUCCGUGGUCCUGCUCACCCCUCCUGACGCGGGCCCGAGGUUCAACGGCACCAGAUUCACCUUAGAGGAUGUUCUGAGCGGCGCCUUCGAUACUCCAAAGUUUAAUGGCAAAUGGAUAUCAGGCGCCGAGAUCGUGUUUGGGGACGAGAGUGGCGGGGUGAGCCUGCUGCACGUGCCCACGCUCAUUGUGACGCCGCUCGUGUCCAACUUUACCUUUCGUCGCCUAAACGUAGAGGAGUUUGACGUAUCGCCUGACAAGAAGUACAUCCUCCUCAAGCAUGACAUUCUACAGACUCGCCAUUUCCGCCACCUGGCCAAGUACACAGUGUUGCAGAUGGACUCAGAGCACAUGGUCUCGGUGACGCCCUUCCCGGCACGAGAAGGACACCCGGGGUUGCAGCACGCCGCCUGGGUACCCGGGGAGGCAGCAGCUCUGGUCCUGGUUCAUCAGAAUGACGUGUACCUGAAGGAGUCCCCGGCGUCCCCUGUGGUAACGCGCCUCACCACCACGGGACACACACACCUUGUCUUCAACGGCAUCACUGACUACCUUUACCGGGAGUACAUCCUUCACUCUGUCUCCGCGGUAUGGGCCAGUGCUAACGGGACAAGACUGUGCUACGCCACCUUCAAUGACACCAACGUCUUAGAGAUGAAAAUCCCAGUCUACAAUGACGUGUACCCGACCAUCCAGCCUGUGAGGUACCCCAAGGUGGACAUGCCAAAUCCUUCCGUCUCGCUGUGGGUGGUGGAGCUUGGGCGUCCCACACCCACGCCCACACCCAAGGACCUCAAGCCGCCCACACGAGUCAAAAGCCAGUCAGUGGGCCUGUGGGACCACUACUUCACGGCCGUCAGUUGGGUGGACGAGGACACGGUGGCGGUGGUGUGGCGCAACAGAGCACACAACAUCAGCGUACUCACCACCUGCACUCCGCCCAUGUGGUACUGCGAGGAGCUCUACGUGGAGGAAAGCACAACUCGCCGCUGGACCACCAUAGAACAAGCUCCUCUCUUCGCCAAGAACGGCACGGAGUAUCUGACGGUGGCGCCCCUAGUGGACGGCACGCUAGGCACGUUCCCCCACGUCCACCACGGUAUUGAGGGCAACAAGCAUCUCAACCCUCUCACCUUCGGCCCCUACACCGUGUUCUCCGUGUUAGGCUGGGAUGUGGAUAACAAUUAUGUGUACUACAUGGCCAACACCGAGGGCGAGGCGAGUGAUCGACACCUGUGGAGAGUGACUGACUUGAAUGCUGAGGUGCCACGGGUUCAGGAGUGCCUCACCUGUGCCCUCAAUUACACUUCACCUGUCUGCCGUCACUACACGCCUCACCUGGGCCCGGACAACUUCAAUGAGGUGCUGCUGGAGUGUGAGGGGCCAAGCGUGCCUCACACCAUCCUGUAUUCGUUGCUGGAAGAGGAGGUGCUGCUCUUUGUCCACAACAACACCGUGCUGAGGGACCGUAACGACUCUAUGGCGUGGCCGCAGCACCGGGAGUACUGGGUGAAGCUGGAGGGAGACUUCACGGCGAAGGUUCGAUUGAGUCUCCCGCCCGAAUAUUCUGACGAGGAAGCCUUCCUGCACCCCCUCGUUGUGUUCGUGGGAGGCGUGGCGGGACAGCAGCAGCUUUCACACCGCUGGGGCGUAGACUGGUCAACCUACCUCGUCUCCAACAAGUCGUGGGUGGUGCUACAGGCCGAGGUGCGGGGGGCCGCAGGCCAGGACUUAGGGCACAUGUACAAGCCUGCAUGGAGACUGGGGGACCACGAGGCGCGCGAUCACCUGGGGGUUCUGAGGUCACUUUUGGCCAAGCUGGAGUUUCUGGACGGGUCAAGAGUGGCGGUGUUUGGGUGGGGUCAUGGAGGCCACAACGCCGCCCGCCUGGUGAUCUCGGACACAGAGGGCGUGGUGAGCUGCGCCGCCCUGGUCAGCCCCAUCACGGACUGGUCCCUCUAUGCAUCGUACUACACCGAGAGGUUGAUGGGCACAGCGAAGGUGGUGCCCGGCGGGAACUACAGAGGCUAUGAGGAGAGUUCGCUACUCCUUCAAGCAGCGUCACUGAAGAACAGAUCCCUAAUGUUGAUACACGGAACGGCUGAUACUGACGUGCAUUACGACCACACGCUGAAGCUGUCCCACGCUCUCACCAAGGCCGGGGUGAUUUUCAGGCAGCAGACGUACACAGACGAAGGCCACGACCUUGAUCGAGUCCAGCUGCACCUGUACCACACCCUGGAGAAAUACUUCGAAGCCUCCUUCCCCCCGUACAACGAGGAGGAGCUGAGCUUAAAGUUUGGACAAGAUGUCCUCCCAUAGUUGCAGAGGCGCGGCAGAGACAGCGAUAACAACAGCAACAACAACAGUGGGAUGCUGGAGCUACAAGAGUCGGCAAGGCGUACCUGGCGCGCAGUUGUCAUGUGGUGCCGAUGGUUGGGGCUUCUGUUAGCGGGGCCCUACUGCCGAGUGCCCGGCUGUGGGGUGCUGACAGCCGACCCUGGAACAGCCGAGGCCCACCCCUGACCGCUCCAUCUUCGAGCAUCCCCUAGGGACGUGUGUAGGACCCUGAAAAAGUCCAGUGAGAGAGCCCACCCCAUCGCCACCGAGCAGUCCCGAUGAAGAUGGAUGCAAAUUUAAGGUGUCCUCUUUCCUUAGUGGAACUCAGAGGCAAAUUUUUGGACAUUGACAGAAGUGGGUAUCGUCGACGCUUCCGUAAGACAUCCCCGAUGGCAGAGGCGUGGCAGCACGACGCCUCAGUAGGGAACGAGAAAGAAGGAGGUCCUGAUCGCGCCUCUUCAUGAUACUUACUAUCUUAAGUGUUCCGACUCCAGUACGUACUUGUCUAGAAGGAAAGAUCCCAUUAUAGCCUGCCAUUACGGGACUUAAUAACAACUUAGGUCAUGUAUUCAUAUAUAUAUAUACCCUGGAGUUUUAGACGAGUGGGCAUAAAAACAGUAAGUCAAUCAGGUAGUCACGUGAAUCUGAAGCAUCGGGAAAAGAUUAGACACAAGUUGGCUGAAGCAAACAAGCCCCUUCAUUCAGUGUUUUCUUUCUGAAGAAAUGCCUGUACAUAAGUGAACCUUUUGAAUACCUUAGAGCAAAUUAUGUAAACAUGAGGCAGCAAGUUAUAGAAACCGGGAAACGUGGAUAAACAAUAAGAGAGUGAAAAACUGGAGGUAGAAAGAAUGAAUGACACGGAGGAAAAGAACCACGGAAGGAGAGUAGAAGAAAUGCAAUUAUAUAUAGCAAUACGGCUAAUAAAACACAAGAGAUAAUAAUAAAAGGAGAUGAAUAAUAAGAAUAAUAAUGAGAUGAAGCAAUAACAGGAGAAAAGGGCAGCACAAAAGAAGGAAAUGAAGAGACAAAGCAGUAGAGGGAAAGGGAAGAUGAUGAAUUAAGCGACGAAGGAGAUUAAGUAGAAUAAAGGAAGUGAAAAAUACAUUAGUCAAUAAGCAGCAUUUUGUACCUCAGUUCAGCCACGUCAAGUCGAUGGAAGUGGAGAUCAGCCACUCACUCACCACUCACCUGAGAACAAAGAUAAAAAACCGAUUAUAUAUGUAAAAAAAAAAAAAAAACUAUUUCUACUACAGUAUUGUUCCUAUUCUUCUCCUGAUCUAUUUUUCCGCUUAGCUUGGAAUGAGUUGUGUGUGUGUGUGUGUGUGUGUGUGUGUGUGUGUGUGUGUGUGUGUGUGUGUGUGUGUGUGUGUGUGUGUGUGUGUGUGUGUGUGCACUCCCUGGGCGUAUCUGUGUCUCCAUGAAUGAUGAAAAACUGUACAUUCUGUAACACACUUUUCCUCAGUGUAGAGGCAAACAUUACAUUUAUUCAUUAUCCUGUACUGCAUAUCAAGAGAAUGAUACAUUGUGCGUUGCCCGACGUAUUCACUUUCAUCGGCAAUAGGAAAAAAAAAGACAAACUAAAUAAAGG